AUGGACACCAAGGAUACACAGGAUUCGAAGGCAAGACAAGCUGAUAUGGAGGCCUACUUCUCCAAGAGCACCGAGCGUGUCCGCUACGCCUUUGGUCGCGCCGAGGAGCAAUAUGUUGCACCGUUCCUAUCCUUUUAUGUGGAGGCUUUCACACAAAGGCCUAUAAUCACUACGUUUGUUACCGUCUUCACGGCACUGUCGUUUUGGCCAAUCGUAACUUUCGUUGGAAUGGUGAUUGGUGGCUUUGCUGUUAUACUUGGGCUCGGAAUAUGUAUUGCCCUCACCAUUUACGCCGCCUUGUUCGCACUCGCAGCCGGAACACUCUUGGCGAUCCUUCUGCUACUACUAUUCGGCUCUGUCCUCAUCACUGCGGGCAUCCUGAUUGCGUUCGCUACCGGGUAUCUCACCCGUCGCUUCUACCAGCGUAUCCGCGAUCAAGGUCGAGAAGGCAUUGGCGCCUUCGUCGAAGAUGUGACUCAACUAGUCAUACCCGCAAGACGCACCUCAGCUAUUGACAGAGACGAAAGCUCUGACGGUUCUGCUGUGGUUGUCAACUGA